ACGCGCUCAGCGAAGUCCGUGCAAGUGUACUGUGAACCUACCUCCUUAACUGCUGACCUAGUUAGCCUUCGUAAUAACGCUUGCAUUUAAGAGACCGUCGUCAACUGCCGGGAUUAAUUAGCGAUUGGAGAUCGACGCAUCCCUGAAGGAAACCUUGGCCAUCGUUGCGAGCAUUGUAUAAGGAUAUUCGUCUCCAUUAUUGUCACUUCCUGGAAACCAACUUAUCGUUUUAUUUGUGGAUGUCGAAGUAUAGAAUGGUUGAGGAAGGCGUCGUUCUCAGCAGCCAUCUCUCUCACAGGUGAACAUCGUGGUCUAUUACCCCCACUCCCCCUCCAAUUGGCGUCUCCGAUAGAGAGACGCUGAUAGAAAAAGGAACCAAAAUUUAGUAUUGGGUAGUUGCUUACCUAGUGGGGUGCAUGGAUAAGCCCCCGGGGUUAGGGGCUGAUCGUCAGUUCCCUGUGCCACAAGCAGUUCCCUCGCCUAUGAUUCAGACAAACAAAAGACCCAGGCUGGAUGUCAGACCGCCGAUCCCAAAUGGCCCUGGCAUGCAUGCCCGUCCCCUGGUUGCCCUCCUGGAUGGGCGGGACUGUGCGGUUGAAAUGCCCAUCCUGAAGGAUGUGGCAACUGUUGCCUUUUGUGAUGCCCAGUCCACAUCAGAGAUACACGAAAAGGUUUUAAAUGAGGCUGUAGGAGCUUUGAUGUGGCACACCAUAACUCUGACAAAAGAGGACUUAGAAAAAUUCAAGGCACUUAAAGUUAUAGUAAGAAUUGGCAGUGGCAUUGACAAUGUUGAUGUCAAGGCGGCAGGAGAAUUGGGCAUUGCCGUGUGCAACGUACCAGGGUAUGGCGUUGAGGAGGUUGCAGAUACUACCAUGUGUCUGAUUUUAAAUCUUUACCGUCGCACAUACUGGUUGGCCAACAUGGUUCGCGAGGGGAAGAAGUUUACGGGUCCCGAGCAGGUGUGGGAGGUUCGAGAAGCUGCUCAGGGAUGUGCUCGGAUACGUGAUGAUACUCUUGGUAUUGUUGGGUUAGGUCGUAUUGGGUCUGCAGUUGCAUUAAGAGCAAAAGCCUUUGGGUUCAACGUCACAUUUUAUGACCCUUACUUAUCAGAUGGCAUUGAGAAAAGUCUGGGUCUCUCGAGGGUAUAUACACUACAGGAUCUGUUAUACCGGAGCGAUUGUGUGUCAUUGCAUUGCUCCCUAAAUGAACAUAAUAAUCAUUUGAUAAAUGAUUUUACCAUCAAACAGAUGAGGCCUGGAGCAUUUUUGGUUAAUACAGCUCGAGGAGCUUUGGUUGAUGAGAAUGCUUUGGCGUCAGCAUUAAAGGAAGGAAGAAUCAGAGCAGCAGCCCUUGAUGUGCACGAGAAUGAACCUUAUAAUCCGUUCACAGGUCCUCUCAAAGAUGCACCAAAUUUGAUAUGCACACCACAUGCCGCCUAUUACUCUGAUGCUUCAAGUAAUGAACUAAGGGAGAUGGCUGCUAGUGAGAUCAGACGAGCCAUCAUUGGACGAAUCCCAGAAGCCCUGAGGAAUUGCGUCAACAAAGAGUACUUCAUGGGCAACUAUCCAGAAGGCGUCAAUGGCACUGCAGCCCCGUACUAUGUGCCAGUCCACUCAACAACUCAUGAUUCCAUCCCUCCGCAGUCUAGUGGUCCUCCCCCCACAAGCCAUGUGGGGCCAGGUAUACCACCGCCACACAUGCCUCCAAAUGUACCAGUAAGUGGCCGUGCUUCUCCACAGACUGGACCACCUGGCCCACCUGGUCCUCGUGAAUCCACAUCGCCAUAACACAAAUUUUGCAUCACUUCCACUACUACAGUUUUGAACCCUCCACAGUGACUACAAGUAACCCAUAUAAGGAGUCAUUCCACCAUGAAAGCUGAAUCUGAAAAUGCAGAAGGCUGCUAUCACAUACUUUUGGGUGGAGCCACACCCAGAAACGUGCAAAGUCUAUGUACAAAUUGAACACUUCUUCCUUAAGUAUAAUAAGGAUAAUCCUCAGUGAAAUGGACACUUGUGAGUGAGGUGACAGUUAUAAAAAAAAAAAUUAAAAGCUACACAUAUGAAGAUUACGACAGCUUCGUCAGUCACGGCAUUUGUAUCGUAGCUGGAAGAUCCUGUUUAGUUUCCUUUGCUAGCUGCAUUUUUUCUUAAAUGAAGAGCAAUGAGGGGCCACGAUACCUAAACUGAAGGCCAUCUCCUGUAAUAAGGCAGAUAGUGUAACUCAGGUUUCAAUCCUCUGUAUGUAUGUCAUGAAAAGUCCCAAGUUGGAGAGAUUUAUAGGUCUUGGGCUUCCCUGUCUGGAAGGUUAUCGUGUUGCAAAAUUAUAUUUUUUUGUUUUUUGCUCUAGGGGAUGCAAAAGCUACCAGAGAUAACAAAAUUCAAAUUUUACCUAAGCUGCCAUACAAAACUUUUGAGCUGUUUUGUAUAAAUAAGUGCUGCAAUCUUAGCUGGUAGCCUCAUGCUUUCUCUAGCUGAUAUCUUUCCACUCAUUCACCAGGGAAUCCUGCAAUACCCAGUGUAUAUGUGAAGUCAUAGUGAAAAUGUGAAUUGUGUAAGCUUUUUGUUUAAUGUCAUUAUUUCAUAAUUGUAUAUUUUUUUCACUCCAGAAUAGAUAGCUAGGCAUAGACAAAUUUUAUUUGUAUUUCUGUGAUGGUAUCAGUGUGAAUGAUUAUUUUGCCCUCUAUUUUGAGAGGAGUCCAUACAGUGAUGAAAACAAAAAUUGAAAAGAAACCAGUAAAAUUGCAGAUUUAUUCCAAAUUCUGUUAAGCUGAAUUGAGUUUUUGGGAAUUCUAAAAUCAUAUUUAAUUUUAAAACAAAGUAAAAGUAAAAGGCUUGCAAAUUUUCAAAUGUAGCUGGGCGUAGGUAAAUGGUGUCAGGGUCAGAUUUAAGGGUUAUUAAAACAUUAGCGGAGGACUGCGAAUGAAGUUUUGCCCUCUUGCAAAGAUUGCUAACAGGAAUUUAUAAAUUUUGUUUUUAAUGUAGCUGGAUUAGUUUUAAUUUGGAAGUCAAGAAAAUGAUCUCUUCCAUUUUAUGGGAGAGUAUAUUGCACUGUAUAUAUGUUUUAUAUAAAAUUUCAUAAAGGGCAUUGCAAAGCUCGGUUCGUUUACAAAAUGUCAAGUUCACUUUUUUCUACAUAAAUGAUAAGAGGGCUUUGUAAAUUUGCUUGUCAUGGAAUUUAACUGCAUUAUUUAUGCACUUUAAAUAAGUGCAGAUACUCAAUUCAGCUACUUCAUUGACAGACUUUGUAUUUGCAAUAUUAAUUUCUUCAAAAUUUAGUAAGAAUGGUCCAGCAAAUGAUGACAAAACUACUGAAAGUCACGUUCCUAAACGAGGCGCACACGAGCAUUGUGCAGUUGUAAAGUUUUGUAAAAAAGAAAGUAAAAAGAAAAAAAAACACUAGCCAGUUAUAUAGUAGUUAUCAAUAAAAGACACAAUGGUUAA